GCGUGGAACAUGGCUGCAGCUACUACUUCAUUGAGAAAUGCAAAGCAAACUUUAAGACAAUCACUUCGCAAGACCUUAAAGCAAAUGACAGUCCAACAAAGGAAAGAAGGAUCAUUAAUGUUGACAGAAAAGUUAUUGUCACACAAAGCGUACCAGGAAGCUAGCAGAAUAUCAAUAUACCUCAGUAUGCCUGAAGAAGUUGAUACUAGCUUAAUAAUUGAGGACAUCUUCAAACAGAAGAAGUUGUGUUUUGUUCCACAAUUCAAUGAUGUUCAGAUGAACAUGUUGCAAGUUCAUUCACUUGAAGACAUCAAGUCUCUCCCAGUUUACAAGUGGGGAAUAAAACAACCAGCUUUCGAUGACAAGAGAGAAGAUGCACUGGAAACUGGUGGCCUUGAUCUAGUGAUUGUUCCUGGACUAGGAUUCACUGAAGAUGGUAAAAGGUUAGGCCAGGGAAAGGGUUAUUACGAUGGAUUUCUGGCUCGUUGUUCUGAGAAAGUACCCACUACCAUUGCUCUUGCAUAUAAUGUUCAAAGAUGUACUGAAAUACCCACUGGACCAAGUGACAUAAUAAUUCAACAUGUAAUAUUCUCCACAUGAAGACUUAUUUAUAUUUCUAUUAUUUCAUUCUAAUAUUGUUCAUAAAUUUAUACAUUAUACACAAUGAA